CCCGACUCAUCUCCCUGUUAGUUUAAUUAAACUUUGAUUGCGUGAAGAUUCAUUUCCUGAACGACUUGAGCGGUUCUGCUUCAGUACCCAUAUCCCUGAGGGGUUUGGAGGAAGAUAAAUGUCGGUUAGAGAUGGUUGCUCACCCCAAAACACCUCUUCUCCUCUCUUGUCUCCACGGAUGAGACUCACCAGACCACCCCAACCUCUCAGCCUCCAUACGCUCCAACAUGCCCAUCCGUUGUCAGGCAUAGCUGGAGCUAAAAGAAAAUAUCCUUGCGGGAAAAAAAGACAACAGCGACGAGGCAUUUUUCAAAACAGCUCAGCCAAUUACCGGAGACGUCGUCUAAUUUAGCUGAGCUGAGUGUGGAUACAGGUAUGAUUAUUGUGUUUUUCCCCUCAUUCCAUGUGGCUGGCUUUGAACAAAAGAGCAGCCUUUCUGCCUAAUCAGGCUAAUGGAGCAAUGGCUGGCUCAUGGCUGGUGGGCUGGGAUAGAGCAGAGCCUAAGGGAGAUUAAACUGUCUCUUUCUGCCGGAGCCCUGGUGACUCAAGAUGACUAGCUGCGUCUGAUUGACAGGACACACUGAAAUAAAUAGAGCAGAGUUCCACCCUGUGAUCCAUUAUCAAGUGCUUCUGUUCUGAGUGGAACUGCUACUUGUGGAUUUCAGCUACUGUUCCAAAGAUCCAGGUUGAAGGGCCACUCACCAUAGCUGCCCCCCCAGUUUGAGUUGCUGUGUUGGGAUCUGACUUGAGCAAGAUGACCCUGCAGAGGAAAGGUGCACCAUGGUGGUGUGUGAUUCUGUUGUACUGCACCGUACUGUGGGCAGGUCUUCAGCCACAGUCCCUCACCAAGGCUUCUGCCAUCAACCUGCGUCGCUUCAUUGGCUGUGCUGUGAGAGAAUUCACCUUCCUGGCCAGGAAGCCUGGCUGUGCCAGCCUGCACAUCACCACAGACGCCUGCUGGGGGCGCUGUGAGACCUGGGAGAAGCCAGUCCUAGACCCUCCCUUCAUCGAGUCCUACCAGCGAGUCUGCACCUACAACGAGACGCGCAUGGUCACCGUGCGCCUGCCAAACUGCUCGUCUACCGUGGAACCCUCCUAUACCUACCCCGUGGCCCUGAGGUGUGACUGUGGUGUGUGUCUUACCAGCACCACGGAGUGCAUCACCUCAGUCUGAUUGGCCGAGGUGCAUUCCGGAACGUUUUCACUGUAGCUCUGGACGUGUGGACUAUGUAUACCGCUUAGAGUCCGUGGGAAAGGGGAAUAUAUUUUCACUAUGAGGAUUUUAAACCGAUUGUAGAAUUUUAAGGAAAUCUGACAGGAAUUUUUUUUCGUACAAAACUAGUGGUAUGAUUUGAAUUUGUGUGGUUCUCUCUUUGCUAACUUCUCCCUCUGUAAAGGAUACUGUAUAAAUACCUGGAUGUUUUUGAUUAAGGUCAUCCUGAGAUGUUUAGGUCACAAAUAAAUUGUUUUUGAAAC